UUAAAUAUGGCUUCUUCCUUAUUUAUAGACCUCGAUGGAAACCCCCUACACGAUAAAGAGGUCUUGGGUUACGGGAGAACUGGGGUAGUGACCUGUCGUGACAAUGUCGCGGUCAAGAUUCCCUUGAGACAUCCGUGGAGUAGCGACGAGGACGUGCAAACAAAUAAAGAAGUUCUUGAACGUGAGCAAGGCAUCUAUCAUCGUUUGAAUCUUUUCCCAAGGGAGCAUAUUGACUGUAUUGUACCUUGUCUCGGGCUCCACACAAAUGCCACACACCUCGGUUAUAUGGAGAAUGGAGAUCUACGAACUUACAUGGCAGAGAAUCAGCCAUCUCGUGCACUCCAGAUUACAUGGUUUCGUCAAAUGGCCCAAGCCCUUGAACAGAUUCACGAUAAACGCGUGCUUGUGGCAGAUGUUGCAACUCGCAAUUUUCUGCUGGAUUCAGAUUUAUCUAUCAAAGUCUGCGACUUCAGCGAAGCAUCUCUUUUACCCAUUGAUACUGUCAUGGAAACGGCGGAUGACGGUGGAUUUUCCAUACAAACAGACCUUGGUCAGCUUGGUGCAGUGAUGUACGAAGUGAUCACUCGACAAAAAUGUGACUUCGAUCUCUUCCAAGAGGGAAUUCCCCUAGACGGCCGAGCUAUUUGGCCACGGCGAGACUCACUUCCUAGUACCGAUGGGCUCUGGCUCGGCUCAAUCAUUGAAAAGUGCUGGGUCGAAGGGGGUUUCCAAAACGCACAUGCCUUGUCACAGGCACUGUACUCGGUUGAUAUAGCGCACACCAGUCUCUGGAGCAAGCUAACGUCCAUGUCCCUUUGGGAUCGCCAAGGCCAUUUUAGAAACUCCGUCGUCAUGCUUGCAGUGGUAGUCACUGCUGUCGCAAUAGCUGGUUCUUGGACCAGAAGUUAGCCAUUGACCAGGGGUUGAUUCUAUAUAACAGAGCUUUUCUUGCAUGUCGAUUAAUAGCUGUUUAUAGAGAAGAUACCUUGAGUUGUUUGGUUUACUUGUACAG